CCCCAACUCCUUCUAUUCCCCCCCAUCCCACAACUCCACAGGCCAUACCUCCUUGACACCUUGAGGAUCUGGAUAUAAAGGAGUGCAGAUGACCUAGUACCAUCACAGUGUGUGUUUGUGUGCCUCUAUACUCCCAGGAGCCAUCAUAAUGAAGCUAUCAGUGUUGGUUGCUAUGCUGGUGGCCGGGAUCAUGGCCGACAAGAUGCCUUUGGAUAAGCCUCCCGUGGCCAUAAUUCACAGUGAGCAACAUCACCCAGACGAGACCGGCGCUCACAGCUUCGACUUCGAGGCCGAGAACGGCAUUAAGAUGCACGUCUCUGGCUCUUUAGGCGAGAACGGAGGAGAAAACAGCAUCGGCCACUGGAGUUACCCCUUGGAAGACGGACGAACUGCAUACCUGAAGUUCGUGGCUGACGAGAACGGCUACCAGCCUGAGUCUGACAUGCUGCCCGUGGCUCCUGAGUUCCCCCACCCCAUCCCUCAGUUCGUCAUGGACCAGAUCGCCUUCGCCGAGGCCGAGAGGGAACGCCAGGCCCGUGAAGGCAAGACCACGUAAAUAAGACUACCAGUAUCUGGCGCAGAAGACUCGCUCAAACCACCAAGACGUCGUUUGCUCACCUCAUUGACCAUAUUUAUAGGUUAAACUUAUUAUUUUUAAGUCUGUGUUAAAUAUGGAUGCUGUACCUUUGUAAAUAUAUUAUAAAUGGAAAGCAUUAAAA